CUGGCGGGGCUGGAGAACAGCGGCGUCCAGGAAGUACCAUCCGUCCCGACGUUUGGUUCCAGCUCUCACUUGAGGCCAGUUGGGGGUUUCAGUUACGAAUGAGGGAUUUCCAGACAAGAAAACCCCCAGGACCUGAAAAUACAGCCCUGCUCCUUGGAGAUGAGAGCCCAGCAGAGAAGAACUACGCUGACCUAACCAGGAGGCCAGGUUGACAGGGGCCUGCGGAACCUCCAGUUGGUCUGUUUUCCCGAGACGUAAUGUCACACGGAGACCAUCAGCAACCCCAGGCUCUUGCGAAACCGACUUUCAGUGACGCACAAGCCUCUGCGUUAGUGGAAUCGGUAUUUGGGUUAAAAGUUUCCAAGAUCCGGCCACUUCCCAGCUAUGAUGACCAGAACUUUCACGUGUGCAUUUCAAGUGCCAAAGACGCCUCAGAUGCGCCGACGGAGUACGUCCUUAAGAUAAGCAACGCCGAGUCCAGCAGGAGCCCGGAGCUGAUUGAAGUGCAGAGCCACGUCAGCAUGUUCCUGAGAGCCGCCGGCUUCCCGACGGCCUCCGUGCAUCCCACUGCGGGAGGCCACCUCAGCUUUCUCGUGUCCGUAGAUGGCAGCUCUGGAGUCGCAGGCUACCUGCUGAGGCUGCUGUCCUACCUCCCGGGGACGCCUGUGGCCGAGAUCCCCAGCAGCCCCCCGCUGCUGUACGAGGUCGGGAGGCUCGCCGGCAAACUGGAUGAGACCCUGCAGAAAUUCCGUCACCCGAAGUUAAGUCAUCUUCGUCGGGAGAACUUCAUUUGGAAUCUGAAGAACGUCCCCCUUCUGGAGAAGUACCUGGACGCCGUGGGCCAGAGCGGAAAGCGGGAGAUGGUCGGGCAGGUCAUCCAGCUGUUCAAGGACGAGGUCCUGACCAAACUAUGUCACUUCCGAGAGUGUGUCAAUCAUGGAGAUCUCAAUGACCAUAAUAUUUUAGUGGAGCCCAGCAAGUCAGCCUUUGGUGAUGCCGUGUACCACGUGUCUGGCAUUCUGGACUUCGGUGACAUGAGCUACGGCUACUACGUGUUCGAAGUGGCCAUCACCAUCAUGUACAUGAUGAUUGAGAGCAAGAGUCCGCUGCACGUGGGAGGUCACGUCCUUGCAGGCUUUGAGAGCAUCAUCCCGCUGACACCCGUGGAGAGGAGCGCCUUGUUUCUGCUCGUGUGCGGACGCUUUUGCCAGUCCUUGGUCAUCGCGGCACACUCUUGCCAGCUACACCCAGAGAACAAGGACUAUCUCAUGAUCACUGCGAAAACAGGCUGGAGGCGCUUGCAAGAGAUGCUUGAUGUGGGCCGGAAGGCUGUGGAGGAAAUCUGGUUUGAAACUGCCAGGUCCUAUGACUCGGGGGUCUCCAUGUGACCAGGGAACCUUCAUGUGAGCUCCGAUCGUGGA